AUGGAGCCCGCGGAAGAUGUGCAGAUUUGGGCGCCGAUCUUGGCUGACCCUCUUGAUUGGCCUCCAUCUUCUGCCACUAUUCUUCUCCCAAGUCAGGUGGAAGAAUAUUUUAGUUAUCUUUAUGGUGUUGACGACAUGGAAAUCAACAAAUUUGCACAAGAGUCUGAAAGUGAGCAUUGGCGCCAGCAAUAUUUGGGAGACCUCAUAGUGAAGGAAAAUUGGAGGCGUGGCCCACGAGGUCCUCCCAAGAGGAGAAUGCUUCCUUCAGGAAGCGGAGGCAUGAGUUUUCACUAUCGAAAGAACAAUGAACAUUGGACACAUGAAGAAGUAGAGAAGCUGGUUAAGGGUGUCAAGACAUAUGGUGUUGGACGAUGGACUAUGGUGAAGAGUCACUACUUCUCAUCAUCAGUUCGAGAACCAACACAUCUCAAGGACAAAUGGAGGAAUCUUUUGAGAGCUUGUGGGGUCACGUGCACCUUCAAAAGGAAGGAAAAGGCACAAAAGACUAUGCUCCUACCCCUAGAUACAAACCUGAUCCAACAGAUCCAUGGGUUAACUAUCGAUCCAGCCUUAUCAUCCAAAAUGAAGAAAUGCCAUGGGAAACAAACAAACAGGGUGGAAAUGAUAGCCAAAUGAUGGUUGAGGCUAUAUGUUUACAUAAGUUAUGUUAGCAACAUCUGAAUGUGUCAUUUCUUUUGAAAUUGGAGAGCAUAUGCAUAUAUUAUGUAAGAAGAGCCGGAGAAGCAUGUGCAACUGGCCCGGGCUUUGUCCGUGCAUAUAUACCGUAGGUAGAAAUUCUGUAUUGUAUA